AUGAACGGGACGGAGGGGAUCAACUUUUACGUGCCUAUGUCCAACAAGACGGGCGUGGUGCGGAGCCCCUUCGAGUACCCGCAGUACUACCUGGCCGAGCCCUGGAAAUACCGCCUCGUCUGCUGCUACAUCUUCUUCCUCAUCUCCACCGGCUUCCCCAUCAACUUCCUCACCCUCCUGGUCACCUUCAAGCACAAGAAGCUGCGGCAGCCCCUCAACUACGUCCUGGUGAACCUGGCAGUGGCUGACCUGUUCAUGGCGUGCUUUGGGUUCACCGUCACCUUCUACACCGCCUGGAACGGCUACUUCGUGUUCGGCCCCAUCGGCUGCGCCGUGGAGGGAUUCUUCGCCACGCUGGGAGGCCAGGUCGCCCUGUGGUCGCUGGUUGUCCUGGCCAUCGAGCGCUACAUCGUCAUCUGCAAGCCCAUGGGCAACUUCCGCUUCUCCGCCAGCCACGCCAUGGUGGGCAUCGCCUUCACCUGGGUCAUGGCCAUCUCCUGCGCCGCCCCGCCGCUCUUCGGCUGGUCCAGGUACAUCCCGGAGGGGAUGCAGUGCUCCUGCGGGCCCGACUACUACACCCACAACCCCGACUUCCACAACGAGUCCUACGUGCUCUACAUGUUCGUCAUCCACUUCAUCAUCCCCGUCGUCAUCAUCUUCUUCUCCUACGGGCGCCUCGUUUGCAAAGUCCGGGAGGCAGCUGCCCAGCAGCAGGAAUCAGCCACGACGCAGAAGGCGGAGAAGGAGGUGACGCGGAUGGUGAUCCUCAUGGUGCUGGGCUUCAUGCUGGCCUGGACGCCCUACGCCGUGGUGGCGUUCUGGAUCUUCACCAACAAGGGCGCCGACUUCACGGCCACGCUGAUGGCAGUGCCUGCCUUCUUCUCCAAGAGCUCCUCCCUCUACAACCCCAUCAUCUACGUGCUCAUGAACAAGCAGUUCCGUAACUGCAUGAUCACCACGAUCUGCUGUGGCAAGAACCCCUUUGGGGAUGAAGACACCUCCUCCAGCGUGUCCCAGAGCAAGACUGAGGUCUCCUCCGUCUCCUCCAGCCAAGUAUCACCCGCAUAG